AUGACCCUGCCUGAUACCAUGGCCCUGCCCAACAAGGCUGCUAGAUCCAAUCCCAUCCCUGGACAGGGUCGCAGGGCCUCUGUAGGUGUGAGGAGCUCCAGCAGUCCCAGGGCCCGUACCCGCUCCCCAUCACGAGGAAGAGGAGGAGGACAGAGUGACACAGAAGAGAGGCAUCACAGCAAACCACAGCGCGGCAGACAGGGUGCGACCUCAACAACAGGUGGUGGUGGGGGGUCAGCUGGGGGUCAGAUGAGGCGUAUGUACAGUGCGGUCCCAGGGCGAGUGUACGUGGCCACGAGGGCCUACACUGCCCACGGAGACAAAGAGCUUAGCAUCAGCAAAGGAGACAAAGUCAAAGUGUUGAGUGUGGGAGAGGGGGGGUUUUGGGAGGGCACAGUGAAGGGUCGUACAGGCUGGUUCCCCUCAGACUAUGUGGAGGAGGUGGGUCCUCCCAUUAAGGACAAUCGAUCAGAGACGCGCAGUGAGAAAGCCAAGAGGAAGCUGUUUCGUAAUGUUACCGUGGGAGCAUAUGAUGGUGUGGAUGGCCCCAGUGACUACAUCAUUAAGGAGAAGACAGUGCUCCUGCAGAAGAAAGACAAUGAGGGCUUUGGCUUUGUGCUUCGGGGAGCCAAAGCCCAGACUCCUAGGGAGUUCACUCCGACCCCAGCAUUCCCCGCGCUGCAGUACCUGGAGUCUGUGGGAGGGGGUGUGGCCUGGAGGGCUGGUUUAGGAUGGGACUUCCUUAUUGAGGUUAAUGGUCAGAAUGUAGUGAAGGUGGGCCACAGGCAGGUAGUCAACAUGAUCAGACAAGGUGGCAACACUCUGAUGGUCAAGGUUGUCAUGGUGGCCCGCAACCCAGAGACAGAGGAGACCAACCCUAAGAAGAAAGUCCCCCAGCAGGCUAAGAGGCUGACUCCUCCUGCCAUUGCCCUGCGCUCCAAAUCAAUGACAUUAGAGCUGGAAGACAUGGUGGAGAAAGCUGCCUCUCCAUGGAAAAAUAAAGCAGAGUACGAGUCCUCCCAGGUGCCUGAUAAGAAGAGGACAGUCUAUCAAAUGGCACUGAAUAAACUGGAUGAGAUCCUGGCGGCGGCUCAGCACACAAUCACAUCAGACGGACAGGGACAGCGGGGUCACGGAGGGAAGAGAGACCGAACCAAGAGCAUCGCCCCCAAUGAGCCAAGUCAUGACCAGUUGGUUGGUGUGAUGCCGCCUGGGUUUGGUUACAACCAGGGUCAAUACCCCCCCGGCCAGCCUCAUGGAGUAAUGCUGCGACAGAAAUCUAUUGGUGUGAUGGAGGAGGAGAGGCAGUACCUCCACAACCCGGCCAUGAAACUGGCUCGUAGUCUGUCAGAGGACAUCCCCCCUCCCCCCAACACGUCCGCCCCGGAACCCCCCUUAUCUGCUGACCCCCAUACUGUUUGGAGGGGGGAGCAGUCUGCCCCCCAGCCCCCGUCCUCCCAGGCCCAGGCCCUCCUCACCCAGCAGCAGGCAGUCCACGCCACCCAGGCAGGCUGGGACAGGGGAGGCCCUGUCAAUCAACAGCACGGCAUGGCCCCGACCCUCCGGAGAGGAGGAGGACAAUACACAGGGGAGCCCCCAGAGGGGACGAAGAGAGGGGGCAAAAUGGGGGUGUUGAGGAGGGGCUACAGUAGUGCUACUCCACCCACGAGCGCCGCUCCCAAAACUCAACAGCAACCCCAGCAGCAGCAGCAGCAGCCACAGCAGCAAGUGGCGACCCGGGAGAGGGGCGGAGAGGCAGGCAGGGGUGGGGGAGGCAGGAAGGGCGGGAGGGGCCCUCUAGUAAAGCAAACCACAGUGGAAGGUGGGCUCAGCAGGCACCACCGAGGGGGGCAAGGCCAGGUGGGUAAGCGCUCAGGGGCCAAAGAGAAGAGCUCCAUCCCCAUCCCCACCAUCAUCGUCAAGGCCCCCUCCACCAGCAGCGGCAGUGGCCGCAGCAGCCAGGGCAGCAGCGUAGAUGCCGAGCAUCCGCCUCCCGACAUAGACGACCCUACCUCCCCAUCCGCCUCCGCCGACACCCCCACCACUCCCGGCCUGCCUUCCCCUGUGUCCCCCUUACCACCCCAGCCCCCUGUCUCUUCCGCCAUGCCCCCUUCAACUGUCGCCCCCCAGCUGCCCCCUAACCUGGAGAAUCUGGACUUCACCAACCAGUUCAGGGGGGCCUUCGUCGGGGCAGCGCGCCGGGACCGGGAACGUUUCCGUGACAUGAGGAGGAAGAGUGCUUCCUUCUUCCUCUCCUCCGAAGAGGACAUCCAAGGGGAGGCGGAGGGAGGUGGAGGGGUAUGGACUCAGCCCCUACAGGGGAUGGGGAUGGAUGUCCCCACCCCCCGCCUCCGCCCCUCCAAGUCCAUCGACGAGGGCAUGUUCUCUGGGGACAAUUACGUCCACUACGCCAGCAGCAUGCCCCCUGCCUUCGGGCUSCCUGAGUACCACUCCCCUGUGAUGGGCCAGGACGGCCAGCCCAAGUCCGCUCCCUCCAACUACGGCCCAGGCUCUCCAGCCACCACCUUCAUCCACCCUCUGACUGGGAAGGUCCUUGACCCCUCGUCCCCCCUGGGCCUGGCGCUGGCUGCACGGGAAAGGGCCCUCAAGGACGACCGGAGGACCCGGCGGGAGGAGCGGCACUUUGGCCGGCAGAUGUCCAGUGUGGGGGCAUUUCCUACCUCUCUCCCAUCCCCCACGCCGUCCCUGUUCCCCGCCACUACCUCCCCCGCCUCCCUGAGCCGCCCGCUGUCACCCAGGAUAUUACGCUUGGGAGGUGAAGGGGGAGGGGAGAGAGUGGAGAGGGACCAGGCGGCCGGAGCCAGAGAGGGCCUCAGAGUUCGCUUUUCAGAGGACAGAACCAACCAGUACCAGACCCAGUAUUAUCAACAGGGUCCUAGAGACAGGGAGCCACCUGGCCCGCCCAUGCAGCCGCCCGGCCCGCCGCCUCAGCCUGCACCCCGCAGACCUUCGUUCCUACAGAUGGAAAGCAGUGCAAACUCUAGCUACAUCCCCCAAUACCGCCUACCCGCAGCCCCAGCCCACCCACAUGAAGAUGGGGGAGAGGGAGGAGGAGGAGUGGGACUGGGGCUCAUGGUGCUUCCACCGCCCACCCCCUCCAUAGACAUAGAUGAUGAGUUUGUCUUUGUUGAUCCCCUACCCCCUCCCUUGCAGUUCGCCAACGGCCAAGGCCAGAGAGAACUGCAGAGGGGAUACUCUCAACAGCAUCAACACUCAGCUCAACACGCCCCUCUCGCCUUGCCACCUCCGCCACCCCCCCUCCCCUCCCCUAAAGUACCUCCACCAGGAGGCUUCGCCUCCAACGCCCCCCUCCCUUCCCCCCMSACUSGGGAUUCUGCUGCCUCCASCCUCACGUCCUACGACAGCGAGGUGGCCAACCUCACCCAGUCAGCUCUGUCUCCCUCCCUCACCUCGCCCCAAAUAUUCCCCCGUUCCUCCGCCGCCACAGUCGCCUCCGUUUUACCCGCCGCCUCACUCCACAGACCCCAGCCCAUGUCCCAUGCACACCCAUUCUCCAGUGGCCCCAGCGUACCGGUUAACCCCGCUAAUAUGGGGGCCCCUGUUUCGCCGAUGACCUUAGCGCAGGACCGAGGCGCGGCCACCCUCACUACGACUGUGACCUACGCCACCACGAUGACCGUGACCGCCGCCGCCACCAGUACCACCGCCUCUGCGCCGUCUUCAGACUACAAUGUAGCUGGGACCGCCCCCAGAACUGCCGCCAGUGCUGCUGGCAAGGCAGGCGACCACCAACCCUCCAGGAUGAAGACUGGAGACUGGCAGACAGAGACGGUGGUGGACUCUGGGAUUGAGGAGCUGGACAGUAGCAGCGACCACCAUCUGGAAACACUGGGAGUGAGCAGACUGAAGGGAGAGAGAGGAGGAGGAGGAGGAGGAGGAGGAGCGGAAGGGGAGAGAGUGGUCGGCGAGCACCCAGAUCCUUACUUGACUUACUCAGGUGGGCAAACGUUUGAAGUGCACCAUGCCAAACAGACGGCCAACCCCCCUGUGUAUCCAAAGACGAUGCAGUACAAAGAGGGGGGCAUCAAGGACACAAGGGAAGCGUUGCGUCGACAGGCAAGCACCAAUCCGCCCUGCCAGAGCGUCCCACCACACCCCCAGAGACAGGCCAACCCAGAGGAGGAGGCCAGGAGAGGAGAGGGAGGAGCAGCGGACGAGAGGAAACAACGCAGACAGAGUCGACCCAAGAUGGAGGACAGCUUCGGUUCCACCUUGGCUGCCUGUCUUGAGCGGCCCAACACGCUGGAGCCAAGACCCUUGUCCUGGAGCGAGGGGGUCGACCCGGGGCAGGGCCUGGAGCGAGGCGGGGGUGGGAUGUCUGUGGAGGGGCGCAGGCUGCACUCACCCCUAUCGGGAGUAAAGGCCAGCAUCAUCAACGAGCUGAGCUCCAAGCUGCAACAGAUGAGCAAUAAGAGCACGGAGGACUGGAGUCAGUCUGAGAUGCGAGGUCCGAGUCCCAUUAAUCCGAGGUCGCCCACAAUGCAAAGAUAUUCAGGGGAUUUCUCUGCCUCGUUUCAGAGCCCCCCCACAGGCCACUCCACUUCCCCCUUACCCACCUCCUCGCCACAGCAUCGCCCGUCAAUCUUCACCCCCAAUCUCACUGCCACCCCCUCCGGCUCGCCAUCCCACCAGCCCCCACUCCAGCCUAACUGGAUCCACUCCCCCUCUCCCCAGAUGCCCACCUCCCCCUCUCACUCCUCCCACCCUCCUCUCUCCCCCACUUACUCCCCCUCUCAAUCCCACCCUCCUCUCUCCCCCACGUACUCACCCUAUCCCACAUCUCCCAAACAUCGCACUAAGUACCGUGGAGCCAAGAUUUUUGACUUCCAGUGUACCCCUGGUCCAGAGCUGAGGUCGUCUAUGUCCCGCCGGCGCGCCCCCAGCCCCCUCAUCUACUCCACAAACCGCCCCAGCCCCGCCCCUCCCAGACCCUCCUCCCUCCCCAUCCUCCCCAGCACCCCUGUCUACAACACCCCAUUUGAGUUCCCCGUUCCCCUAACUCCCUCAUCCCCAGGUCACACCCUAGGAGACCCCUACAACCCCUCCACCUCUCCUCUCUUUCCCACAUCCCCACAACCUCCCAGCGCCCUCCUGGUCUCCCGCUCCCUCUCCCCCACCCAGUUCCUCUCUGGCGCAUCCUCACCCUCCAUGCACCUGCCCCCCUCUCCAUCCUGCCUCAACUACCCCCACCUCACCCCUCCUCCCCCGGCCAAGCCCUUCGCCAUCAAGCCCCUGUCCUACUGGACGAAGUGGGACGUGGCCGACUGGCUGGCCUACCUAAACCUGGGGGAGCACCGGGAGCGCUUUCUGGACAACGAGAUUGACGGCUCCCACCUGCCCUCCCUCACCAAGGACGACUUCCUGGACCUGGGGGUGACACGCGUCGGCCACCGCAUGAACAUCGAAAGAGCGCUGAAGAGACUGACUGACAGGCUCUUCUCUCCCAUGCAUGAGCCUAGCCCCUCCCCUGUGCCACAGACUGAGAGAGUGAAAGAUGAGGUGACUCAGAGCUCAGAGAAAGACAGAGAAACAAACUGACUGAGAUGAAAGCUAAAGAAGA